GUUCAUUUCUAACUCCGUGGAGCUUGAAGCUGGAAGCUCUUCAGCAUUAGAGGAGUCCAAAUGCUGUUUUAUUUGCAGUUGCAUGUAGUUUUGAUGGUGAUAGUCCUCAUUGCAGGAGACUUAAGUAUAGCUCUUAGAUCUUGCUGCUAUAUGGACCAGGGCAUUAGGAUUAUGGUGUCACAGUGCUAGGGACAGAGGUAGGUGAUGGAUGGACAUCUCCACGCCAUGGUGAGGUUGAUCCUGUUUUCUCUCAACUCAACCAUGGAGCAGAGCCGGGGACAGUGAAAUGACGGCUGCAGAAAUGGGCUGGAUCUGAGCUCUUCAUCCAGGGCUGGACUGUGACCAGAAAUGAGGAACUGAGCUGCUCAUCUCCCCCCUGGACACUUGGCUGGUUCCUAACGAAGACCUCAGUUGGGGGAAGAUCUGUCCAGUGAACUCCUGGUGAGCAGCUCAAGAGCAGGGAGCUUUCUUGGCUGCAUCCCGCUGCAUCCAGCUGCAUCCCCUUUACCAAACAAAUGUGAGUGUGGAGGGUGUCACCUAUGGAGAAGUGGGACAGCAAUGCCUCUGCUUUCCAUAUCCCUGAGUGGAUGAUCCAGUUUGCUGACCAAAAGCAGGAAUUCAACAAGCGCCCGACGAAGAUCGGCCGCCGCUCGCUGUCCCGCUCCAUCUCACAGAGCUCCACAGACAGCUACAGCUCAGCUGCCUCCUACACAGAUAGCUCUGAUGAUGAGACCUCCCCCCGAGACAAGCAGCAGAAGAACUCCAAAGGCAGCAGUGAUUUCUGUGUGAAGAACAUCAAGCAGGCCGAAUUUGGGCGCCGGGAGAUUGAAAUCGCUGAGCAAGAAAUGCCUGCACUGAUGGCUUUGAGGAAGAGAGCUCAGGGAGAGAAGCCACUGUCUGGUGCCAAGAUUGUGGGCUGCACACACAUUACAGCACAGACGGCUGUCCUGAUGGAGACUCUUGGCGCGUUGGGUGCUCAAUGCCGGUGGGCUGCCUGCAACAUCUACUCUACCCUCAAUGAAGUGGCUGCUGCCCUUGCUGAGAGCGGGUUCCCUGUCUUCGCCUGGAAGGGAGAAUCUGAAGAUGACUUCUGGUGGUGCAUCGAUCGCUGCGUUAACGUUGAAGGAUGGCAGCCCAACAUGAUCUUGGAUGAUGGAGGAGAUCUCACUCACUGGAUUUACAAGAAAUACCCCAACAUGUUUAAGAAGAUCAAGGGGAUAGUAGAGGAGAGCGUGACCGGUGUCCACAGGCUGUACCAGUUGUCCAAAGCAGGGAAGCUCUGUGUCCCAGCCAUGAAUGUCAACGACUCGGUCACAAAGCAGAAGUUUGACAACCUGUACUGCUGCAGAGAGUCCAUCCUGGACGGCCUUAAGAGGACAACAGACAUGAUGUUUGGAGGGAAGCAAGUAGUGGUUUGUGGCUAUGGAGAGGUUGGAAAGGGCUGUUGUGCUGCUCUGAAGGCCAUGGGCUCCAUAGUGUAUGUGACAGAGAUCGAUCCAAUCUGUGCCCUCCAGGCCUGCAUGGAUGGAUUCCGGCUGGUGAAGCUCAAUGAGGUCAUCAGACAGGUUGACAUCGUCAUCACCUGCACAGGCAACAAGAACGUGGUGACCAGGGAACACUUGGAUCGGAUGAAGAACAGUUGCAUCGUCUGCAACAUGGGGCACUCCAACACCGAGAUCGACGUGGCCAGCCUGCGCACACCUGAGCUGACAUGGGAGAGGGUGAGGUCCCAGGUGGACCAUGUCAUCUGGCCAGAUGGGAAGAGAAUAGUCCUUCUGGCAGAGGGCCGCCUGCUGAACCUGAGCUGCUCCACUGUCCCCACCUUUGUCCUGUCCAUCACUGCCACCACACAGGCUUUGGCUUUGAUAGAGCUGUACAACGCUCCCGAAGGCCGCUACAAGCAAGACGUGUACCUGCUGCCUAAGAAGAUGGAUGAGUACGUGGCAAGCCUCCACCUCCCAACAUUUGAUGCCCACCUGACAGAGCUCACGGAUGAACAAGCAAAAUACCUGGGACUGAAUAAGAACGGGCCUUUCAAACCAAACUACUACAGAUACUAAGUUCCUGCCACUGUAUCCCGGAGAAUUGUGAGGAACAAGACCCCAAGUCUUUUCUCAACUACUGUACAGGAUUAAACAGCUCAAGCUCCCUAAGCUAGAGCCGGGCUUGCUCUCGUAGUAGACAGUGUGUUAGGUUAUUUAUUUAUUGAAUAGAACACUCUCCAUGCGGGCUCUGCCGCCGGUGCUCGCUCUGCUGCGGCACUGAGGGAGACGCUGGAUUUCUUUCCAUUUCUUUCAUUUUAUUCUUUGGGUUGUUCUUUUCGGGGCUGAGAUGAUGAGGAAGGAGGUGAGGAAGAAGCUGUUGCAAUGGGAUGGCUGUGAUGGGCUCGGAACAGCCUGUAUGCACCCUUCAUCCGGCGCAUACAACAGGAGCCGUGGGUUCCCCCUUGGAGGUUGUGGCUUGCGGGUUCCUUCACAUCCCAAUGCUUCUUCCAGGAUCCCACCAGCCACAAGAGUUGGAUGGAGGGGGGAUGGGUUUGUGUUUCUCAUGCCAACACAGCUAAAUCCAUGCUCCAAGCGCUGCCGACCAGCCGGGUGCCACCUUACUGGAGGAACCUCUCAUAGUUCUGCUGAACUUCCCAAGGGAUGGUUCCAUCAGCGAGUGGAUGAACUUCGCCUUAGCACUGCUGAAAGCUGUAAUGAAGGGUCUGGUUGUUAGUGUCAGCCCAUAGCAGGAGCUGGGAGGACAGGAGCAGUGCCUGCUCGGAGGUAGACACGGUGGUGGUGGGGUAGGACCCACCACUUCUCCCUCCAUCCCAGCUCCACAGUGUUUUCCUGCUGCUCACAUUACCAGUGCCAACCUCCCAUGGUUCAACCAAAGUCAUGAUCCCGGUGGGGCUACAGGGUGCUGGUGGAAGAGCCCUGGAUCCUCACCCAACAAAUGCUGCUCACGUGUCGGGGAGCUCUUUCCAACCCAAGCAGAGCUCGUCGGCCAUCCCGCUGGGAGGACCCGUGUCCAUGUGAGGUCUUUCUCCAGCUGAAUUUCAGCCAUUAAUGGGAGUCUUAGGAGUUUUAUUUUCCAGUCAUAUUUGUAGGAUAAAAUCUGGAACCCCCCUUUGAGUGUAUGAGAUGAACACCAGAGUAACCCCACACUGAUCUUCUGCCUGGGGAAGGGUUCAGCAUCACUAAGCCCCUUCAGUUGGCUUGACUCUUGAUGCAUCAGACCCAAUGGAGAGCAGAUCUGCCAGAGUUACCUGGUUUAGCCCAGGCUGUCCCACUGGAACACUUCCCAAGGUGACUUUCCAAGUCUCUGUGUCUCAUCAGAGUUACUUUAAUGGUUCACAUAGAGAACAUGGUCCUUCUAAAAUAGAAUCACCCAACCCCUGUGAGCGCAAAAGCCUUUAUCCCAUGGUGGCUGCUUUGGUACCCAAGUCCCUCAUCAGCUGCAGGUUCUUGUUUUGUCCUCAUGGACUUUGCCAUCAUGGAAAAACCCUUUAGUGGCAGCUCGUUCACGCACAAGAAAGGAAAACUGGGGGAUUAUGGUCUUGGAAGCCAAGUCCUCAGAGCUCUUGCUGCUGAGGGCUGGAGGCAGCUUGACUGGGAGCUGCUCACCUACAGAGCCAGGUGUUCUCAUCUGGUCACUUCUUCCAAGUUUCUCUUUGAAAUUUCUCAAAGCCUGGAAGGAAAACCUUGGGAAGACCUCUGAAAGACCUUAGGGCUUUGGGAAGACCUUAGGGCUUUGAGAAAGGAAGACCUUGAGAAGAUCUCAAGAAGACCUUAAGGCUUCUAGGAUUUGGUAGGGCUUUCAGAAGGCUUUGAGAAGACUUUAGGGCUUCAAGAAGACUUCAUCAUCCAUCACUAACUGCAAAACUGAAAUCAUCUCUCCUCACUCCGGAAUUUCACCCAGAUCCCGAGAUUUUGGGGUGAGUCCUUGGAGCUAUUGGAGAUGCUGCUGGAUGACCUCUGUCUGCACCAGCCACUGAACCCGGGGUUCCUGUUGUGCUCCACAGCCUGAAAUCCCACUCCUGGUCAAGGUGAAACACAGAUGUGGGAUUCCCUGGAGCAGAGCAGCCUUUGGAAAACAGGCUCAUCCCAACCACAGCCACUCCUGCCCCCGGGAACAUCCCGUUGCAGCCACAAGACCCUUCGGAACCGCUCAUGCAGCCGCUUGACCUGCCCUGUGUCCGUCGCCUGUGCAGCAUUCGCUGGUGCUGACCCAUCCGUGAAGUCCUUCGUGCCCAUUUUAAUCCCAGUUUAUCUUCCAGGUAGCUGAUAGGAGGAACAGGAAAUCAUCAGAAGAAUAAGAAGCUCCCAAGUGGCUUUUCCCACCUCGAUUUCAAACGCUCUUCUCCAUGUCCUGCUUCUUCUGUAAGCUGUUGGGCUUGCUUGGCUUAUUCCUGAUCAAUAUGGAAUCGGAUUCCAUGAUCAUCUUGAAAUUAAACGUGUCGGGGUUGGGUUGGGAAGAUUGUCUUUUUUAAUGUAACAUGUUUUUAAAGAAAUAGGAAUUAAAAAAAAAGGAGAUUUAGGCAACACCAGCAAAAUUGUGUAAGGAAACGGUUCUGAACAUGGGAAACAAGUGAGACCGAAGCUGUCAUCGGCGAGACGAGACCUUCGCCAGCGUAACAUGUUCAAAGGAUGUUUUAAUUAUUCAUGUCUGAGUGAUUGUAUUAGAUCAGCAAUAAACUGUAAUCCCAAACCACCAAUAAAACAUUGGGAAACUCA